UCGCUCGCAAGCUGUACUGCGGAUGUCCAAAAAACGGGAAGGAUCGUCUUCUUCUCAGUAUUAUGAAUGAAAAGACAGAUUUUUAAAUGUUUUUAUGUAAACGAGUAAUAUCACUUAUCGAUCAGUGAGGGUCAUAUAACGAGCUGAUCUGAGCUCGUGUAAAACAGGUUCAGGAUGUCGGCCAGUGCGGUAUACGUGUUGGACUUAAAAGGGAAGGUCCUGGUGUGCCGUAAUUACCGAGGAGAUGUGGACAUGUCUGAGAUCGAGCACUUCAUGACCCUCCUGAUGGACAAAGAGGAGGAGGGGACGCUCUCUCCCAUCCUGGCUCAUGGAGGCGUCCGUUUCAUGUGGAUCAAACACAAUAACCUUUACUUGGUUGCCACAUCCAAGAAAAACGCCAGUGUGUCUCUGGUUUUCUCCUUCUUGUACAAAAUUAUCCAGGUGUUUUCAGAGUAUUUCAAAGAGUUGGAGGAAGAGAGCAUUAGAGACAACUUUGUCAUCAUAUAUGAGCUGAUGGAUGAGCUGAUGGACUUUGGUUAUCCCCAGACCACUGACAGCAAGAUUCUGCAAGAAUACAUAACCCAAGAGGGUCACAAGCUAGACACCGGCGCACCGCGACCCCCAGCCACUGUUACUAACGCUGUCUCCUGGAGGUCAGAGGGCAUCAAGUACAGGAAGAACGAAGUCUUCCUGGACGUCAUUGAGUCAGUGAACCUCCUGGUUAGUGCCAAUGGGAAUGUUUUGCGCAGUGAGAUUGUUGGUUCCAUUAAGAUGCGCGUUUUCCUGUCUGGGAUGCCUGAGCUGCGGCUGGGUCUGAACGACAAGGUUCUGUUUGAAAACACCGGACGAGGGAAGAGCAAAUCGGUAGAGCUGGAGGACGUCAAGUUUCACCAGUGUGUCCGUCUUUCUCGCUUUGAGAAUGACCGCACCAUCUCCUUCAUUCCUCCAGAUGGAGAGUUUGAGCUCAUGUCUUACCGCUUGAACACUCAUGUGAAGCCCCUGAUCUGGAUCGAGUCUGUCAUCGAGAAGCACUCUCACAGCCGGAUCGAGUACAUGAUAAAGGCGAAGAGCCAGUUCAAGAGGCGCUCCACUGCCAACAACGUGGAGAUUCACAUUCCUGUGCCAACGGACGCUGACUCACCCAAGUUCAAGACCACAGUGGGCAGCGUGAAGUGGGUGCCCGAGAACAGCGAGAUCGUCUGGUCAAUCAAGUCUUUCCCUGGAGGAAAGGAGUACUUGAUGCGGGCGCACUUCGGGUUGCCGAGCGUUGAGGCUGAGGACAAAGAGGGGAAACCACCAAUCAGUGUCAAGUUUGAAAUCCCGUACUUCACCACCUCAGGGAUCCAGGUGCGUUACCUGAAGAUCAUAGAGAAGAGCGGCUACCAGGCGCUGCCGUGGGUGCGCUACAUCACCCAGAACGGAGAUUACCAGCUCCGGACCCAGUAGGCACGUGGGCAGGUGGAAGUCAAGACAGGGUGGAGUCGAGGCGCUAAUGCGCUGAGGAAGGCAGGUGGCAGUCAGGAGAUAAGAGGACUGUCAGUAUUUACUUUAGUUGUAUAGCUCUCAAUUCGUUAAACCUCUAUCCAUUCACGAUCAAUGCAAUUAUUAGAAGGAGGCUUGGGUUAGGCGAGCUUCAGAAACGUGAUUAUGUUACUGUUGAUUGGAUCUGGAAAUGAUGGAGAUCGAGGAAAGCAGGAAGAAUGUUUACAUCCACUUACACGCCGCAGAGCUACAAUCUGUCGCAGCGGGUCAGACAGUUGUUACAAUUCCCAUGUAAAGUUACUGUAAUCAUCCGUACAACGGCCACUCAGUUACAGUAUGUGUUCUUUGUAUGAAGCUGCUUUGUUUUGCCACAAUUCCUUGUCAUUUUGUUCAUUUUUUGUAUAUAUUUGUUACAUGUUAAUGAACUCAGUGUUAUUAGUUACAGAACUGUAAAUUUAAAGCAAAACAUUUUGUAUUAUGAGCUGCAUGGGAUGCCAUAGAUACAUGCCAAAACAUCGCCUUCACGUGUUUUAUUUUUGUUCGUCCGCUUUGACUCCACAAAUUUAUUAUUAUUGCAAAAGAUACUAAAAACAUUGAUUAUAGGCUCCACAGGAAGCACCCUGACACCUGCUUUCCUUUUCUCUGUCUGUAACCACGCUGUUUUCUGUCAUUAAAUGUAUAUUUAGAGAAAACUGUUCCAUC